UAUACAUCACCAAUGACUCAAAUGAGAGAUCGGAUAUGAUUGUCGUUUUCAUAUAAAAUUUAUUCAAAGAAAAUACUUUUUGUAGCCACCAAAGCUGGAAAAAAAAAAAAAAAAAAAAAACUCAUUGAAGGAGUGUAGAGGUCAACACUCUCCCCCAAAAACUAACCAACUUCCAAUCCUAUCACAAAUUCUCAAAAAAAAAAAAAAAGAAAAAAAAAAGAAGGAAAUGGAAUCCCAAUUUUCAAACAUGAGUCUAACCGAUCGAAUCAAACUAAACGUCGGCGGCAAGCUGUUUGAAACCACAGUCUCUACACUCCAAUCAAGCGGUCCAGACUCACUUCUUUCCGCCUUAUCCAACCGCCACGUGUCGUCUAAUUCUCCAAUCUUCAUUGACCGAGAUCCAGAGAUAUUUUCCGUCUUGCUCUCUCUCCUCCGUUCAAACCGGCUGCCGUCAACUUCACGGCGGUUUUCCGAUCAGGAACUUUCCGAUGAAGCUUCUUAUUACGGAAUCGAAUCGGUUUUGAAAUCAGCGUUGUUGCCUAAUCCUCUUUCAGGUAUUGAUUGUUCUGUUGUUGAUGUUAUUAGACCUGCUUCUGAUGGCCUUGUUUCCGCUUUUCACGCUGUUGAUGAUGGAUCCGUUUGGAUUGGUCACGGGGGUCAGAUUUCUGUCUACGACUGGAAUUUAUCUCACACAGGUACUGUACGAACACAUUUAGAUUCAAUUACAUCAAUAAAGCAAGUGACGACAUCAUUUAUGGCAGCCGUAGCUUGUGAUGUUGCUUCCGGCGUACAUUUUUAUAAUUUUGCCAACGGACGGCGAGUCGGAUCAGUCGAGUGGACUGAUCCGACAGAUCCACGAAUAUAUAAAGCCAGAGUCACUGCAAUAACUGAGUCGCCUGAUUCGGUUUUCGCGGCAUUUGAUUCAUAUCAUAAGGAGAAUUGUGUGCUUGAUAUCGAUAAAUCUACGCUUCAAGUGAAGGCGGAGAUUGGGAGGCAAUCUGGUAAUUCGUCGAAAUCGAUUGUUCCUGGAAACCUAACUUAUUUGAAGGAUAUAGGAUUGCUUGCGGCAAAUGCUAUAACGUCUGGAGCGUUUGGGUUUUCUGGUUAUAUACGAUUGUAUGAUCAGAGAUCGGGGAAGGUUGCUUGGGAGACGAAUGAGCCAGGUUCAGGACGAAGUAGUAGAUUUGGAGACUCUUUUGCCGAUGUCAGUUUUGAUGUGAAUGAACUUACUAUGUGUAAGAUAUGCUCGAAAUCUGGUGAUCUGGCUAUGGCCGAUUUGCGGAAGUUAAGUGAUGAUCCUUGGAUUUAUUUAAGAGAUGCUAAUCCUAGUUUGAGGAAUACUAGCGGAGGUAUGCUUAAUAGUGUGGUACAUUGUUACAAAAAGCAAGUUUUUGUUGGGAGAGAUGGUGGACUGGAAGUGUGGUCUAGAGUUGCACAAAAUGGUGUGGAUAAUGCCGAGAUUGUUGAAGAAUCGUUUAGGAGAAACUUUAUGGAUAAAUUGGAGGAUUCGGAAAGAGGGAUAAUUAAGAAGAUUGAAGGGGGUGGAGAACGACUUUUUGUUAGCAGGGAAGAAGUUGAAGGGCUUGAGGUCUGGCAAAGCUCGGUUUUUUCAGGUGCAGUUUUGGUUUCAUGAUAUCUGUGAAGGAACAGAUGGUAUUACGUGUCUGUAUGAUACAAUAACGAGGUGCUGGUGCAUACACGAACCAAACAAGGUGCAAAGAUUUUGUUUUCAGAUAGGCAUUUUAGUAGCAUUUCUCAUCUUGUUGCUUAAAGGUAUGCACUAGCUUUCUUUGUAUAUUUAUCUGUACCUGAGGCUAUUCUUGCAGCAAUGUAUUUAGAGGCUCGUCUGUCAUGUGAUGUCAUUAAUAAGUUUUAGAAUUCAAUGAUUAAUCACAUUAUACGAACUUUAGUGAACUUGCAGCUGUU